GAGGAGUGGUAUAUUUUUAAACAAUUGAGAUUAUAAAUGUUGAUAACCAUUUUAAAAACUUAAGAUAAAGAGAUGAUGAAAUAGACAUGUUUCACCGGAAUUUUGAAAAGAGAUGAAAGGAAAGCCAACCGUUUUGUUUUACAUAAUUUUUUAUUUGGAAAUAUGCAAUAGCGACAAGAAAAUAAUAGGAGGAAGGCCCGUCUUUAUAGAACAAGUUCCCCAUCUCGUCUCAAUUCAGCGGAUGAGGAGGCACAAGUCACAACUGGAGCACGUCUGCGGAGGUACCAUAGUGAGCGAACUUCACGUCCUUACAGCUGGCCACUGUUUGUCUUCCGUUAACGACAAAGGUUUCACUCCUAUUGCCAGCAGCAGGUUCUCCAUCCUCGCCGGAAGCAGUGACCUGAUCGGGUCAAGUAAUACGAGCCAGCGCAGAAAAGUUAGAAAAACAUAUGUUCAUCCAAAAUGCCGAAAGUAUUCGUAUGGGCUAUUUUAUGACAUUGGGAUUGUCAUACUUAAGACAUCCUUUAUCUUUCAAGAUAAACUUUGCGCAGCUCAACUCUCUUUCAGCCUUGAUCCUCCAAAAUCACAAAGCAUUUACGAGGUCGACUAUGAGUACCAGUAUACUGACAUUAUCGGACAAAUUUGCAGCGUCGUUGGCUGGGGUACUCACAACAUUAUUACCAACCUCCCUCUUUACUAUGCUGAAUUGAAAGUAAUAGGUACUUCUCGAUGUGCUGCUCUGCUGCAAAAAGGAAGCCAACGUUUUUUCGAUAGUGAAAUGGAAUGUGAAUGUACUUGGUGCACCUACGGUGGUUAUGGGAUUGAUGCCUGCCAAGGUGAUUCUGGCGGGCCUUUGAUGUGUGAAAAGAAGGUUUAUGGAAUCAUCUCUUAUGGCCUGGGCUGUGGUAGAAAAGACGUUCCUGGGGUUCAUGCGCGGAUUGACACUAUGUCGAACUGGAUAUUGGAAAUUAUCAACCACGGCACAGCAAGAGCCAAGAUUAAUAAAUCUAUUAUUUUUAUUUUUCUAAUAAACACAUAUAUUUUAUAACCCCAAUAUGAUAUUUAUUAUACAUA